UACCCGUCUUACCUCACCCCCCCCCACUUCUGCUUUCAUUCAGAUUAUUUACCCAUCUCCUCCUCGCUUCCUUCUGUUGUGCCUUUCUCCUCCCUCUCUUUCUCGCCACUGCUGCUCUUACCGCCUCACCCUAACAUCCCUCCCUUCCCACCAACGCUCCCUCCUCCUCUCCUUCUUCUUCCUUCUCCUUCUGGAGAUCUUCAAAGCUGACCAGCACACACACCCGCACAUAGCAUAACACACUCUCCUCUCCUGCGUGGGAAAAACAUGUCAGCUAUUUUGGACCUGGACCAGAUUGCAUGCUCUGGGAAUGGAGUGGAGCAUGACAUUGAGACUCCCCACGGUGUUCUCCAUGUGACGAUGAGAGGCGUUCCCAAGGGCAACAGACCCGUCAUCCUCACCUAUCACGACAUCGGCCUCAACCACAAGUCGUGCUUCAACACCCUGUUCAACUAUGAGGACAUGCAGGAGAUCACGCAGCACUUUGCAGUGGUCCACGUGGACGCGCCCGGCCAGCAGGAGGGUGCACCCCCAUUCCCAAGCGGUUAUCGCUACCCAACCAUGGACGAGUUGGCUGAAAUGCUGCCCUCUGUGUUGACUCAGCUCAAGGUCAACAGCGUGAUCGGCAUCGGCGUGGGAGCAGGAGCGUAUAUCCUCACCCGCUUUGCACUGAACAACCCCACCCUGGUGGAGGGGCUGGUUCUGAUCAACGUCGACCCAUGUGCUGAAGGCUGGAUCGAUUGGGCAGCUUCAAAGCUGUCUGGAUGGACCAGUAAUUUGGUGGAUAUCGUCAUGGCUCACCACUUCAGCACUGAUGAGCUGACAGAGAACCAGGAGCUGAUCCAGACCUACCGCCUCCACAUUGCCCAAGACAUCAACCAGGACAACCUGGCCCUCUUUUGUGGCUCCUACCAAUACCGUCGGGAUCUGGAGAUCGAGAGGCCAAUUGUAGGUCUGAAUGAGCACACGGUCAACACACUAACGUGCCCCGCAUUGCUGGUGGUUGGCGACACAUCACCAGCUGUGGAGGCUGUGGUGGAGUGCAAUUCCAGGUUAAAUCCAACCAAGACCACACUGCUAAAGAUGGCUGAUUGUGGAGGCUUGCCCCAAGUUGUGCAGCCAGGGAAACUUGCAGAGGCGUUCAAGUACUUUGUUCAGGGAAUGGGCUACAUUCCCUAUGUUCUUCUCAGUCACCUGAGCAACGAAUCAGUGCCGUCAGCAGGAAUGACUCGUCUGGCUCGCUCGCGCACCACCUCGUCUUCCAGCAUCACCUCCAUGGACAGCAGUCGCAGCCGCAACAACCUCAACAGCCUGCUGGAGGGCAGCGCCACCGGGGCCCUGGACAGCCAGGCUGGACCACAGACCAUGGAGGUCUCCUGCUAAACCCCAACUCACCCCCUGCAGUCUCUCAUAGUAACUUAUGUGCCCCCUCCCAUCUCUCUUUCUCUUUCUCUCUCUCUCUCUCUCCCUCUCUCUCUCUCUCUUCCUGCCCCUUAGUAACUCCAUGCCAGGAGGCUCUGUAAUGAACUAUGUGAUUAGAAAAAGAGGAUGUAAUGAAUAUAUUAACAGAUGCAUAUUAUACUGAAUACACUGUCAAAGUCACAUUCCUACCACAGACCAUAACUGCAUUUGAAUGCAUUGUAUAUUCAAACAGUCAAACCAUACAAUUGAUUUGACUGUCCCACCUCACCCUCUUGUAUUUAUUUUUUUUUCCACAUUGUCUUUGUUUUAAAUGUCUUCACACAAACUGUAAAAAAAAUCGUUCCUGUCGUCAUUAUAACUUGUACAUUUUUGUCAUUGUACGGUACAUUACUUUUACUAUUUUAACUCUUCUCUUCUGGUGUGAACCCCCAACGUGUGGGCUGCACUGAUUGUGAGUCACUGUGUCUCUGUGUUUUAUUCUCAAACUCGCUGCAGUGCGACACCGAGUUAGUCACAAAGUGUACAGAGGGAUCACUCUACCUACCAUAGCUGCAGAAAUAAAGGUGAAGUGAUGUGGAUGAUGCAUGGAGGUGCCGUUGCAGACUGCAGCACAACGUCACUAAUACUAAAUGAAAGCUGUGGAGGGAGCCGCUUUUGAACUUUGUGGGGAAAAUGUUGAGUGUUAAAGAAAGCACGUCAAUUCUGUUGCUUCUUUCAUUCAUUCGAGAUUUUUUUUUUAACUGAACUCAUCUCCUUUUCUUCAUGAUUUAUGUUGAUGUUUUUAUUCACUUGACUAGAUUACUCAGUGGUGUUUUAACAACCUUUAAUAAGUGUGUUCUGAUGUGAAAAGUAUGAGUCCCCACACUGAGGGGCCCGGUGGUGCUUCUCACCAUCUGCUGAUUGAACUCAUUUAUAUUACAACUGAAUAAAGCUACAACAUGA